AUGGCACUUAGUUGGAAUUUUCAACAUAAUUUAAUUUAUCUUAAAACUUAUUUUAAUAUGGAUUCAAAUUCUAAUGAAUCAAUAAUUAUUGUUCGAUCAUUUGAAAAAUAUAUUCGACAAAAUGAAAGUUAUUCAUCAAUAAAUGAUAUUCAAAAUAAAGAUAAUGUUCGACGACGUGAUAAAAUGAAAAAUUAUUUUUUAGUUGAAAUAUUUUUAUUUAUUAUUUAA